UCAGUGCGGCCUUGCAGACUGAAGAGCGCUGCCAACAAAGGCCGAGUCGAUGGGGUUACAAAAAAUUGUUAAUUUGGACUUAUAAAACCCUUUUGUUAUUGUAAUUAUAAUUUUAUAUAGGUUGUGAAUCUGUGAUUACGUUAAGAAAUGUGUGAAUGAUAUGAAUAGUGACGACUAGCAAAGGAGUCAGCUGGUCCACAGUGCGAAUAGUGAAUAAGAAAUGGCGGCCUUGCCAGCAGGUGUUCAGUAUGCGUUAUCAUCAGAGUCUAGUUAUAAAGAAAACAAGGAACUAGUGUUUGUGAAAUUAACGGAUUCAGCACUGAAAGCUAUAGAAGACUUCAUUAGAAAUAAUAGGGACAAAUUGGCAAAACCUAAAAUACAGUUCCUACCCAAUAAUGAGGGGAAAAUCUCCAUUCCGGCUCCAACAAGUGGCAACGGGUCACCAAGCGAGUCCACAUUUAAAUUCAGUAUCAAUAGCAAUGCAGAAAUGGAGGGUCCACAGGGUUCGUUUGAGUGCGUCCGGGGUGGCGGCGUGCGGCGCUUGGAGUCGUGCGGGCCGCUGCCGCGAAGGAUGCGCGUGCAGGCCAACGACGACUCGUACGAGGCCACCAAGGAUCGGAUGUCCAGAACUAUCGCCGCGGAGCAGAGCAAAUGCACCCGCGUCAUAAAACCUAACCAAACGGAUAUAGGGCGACGAGUUGCGAAAGUUCGCUCGACACAUCCUGCCUACUCAAACGGACCGACUGCUCAGGCUGAAAGGCUCGAAAGGUCGGAAAGGCCCGAUCGGCCCGAGCGACCUGAACGGCCCGAAAGACCCGAGCGGUCAGAACGGACUGAGCGACCUGAACGGCAAGAACGACCGGAGCGGGCCGACAGACCCGAUCGGCCGGACAGAGCUGAACGAGUAGAAAGGCCGGCGGUCGUACCGCCCGCUACCCGCCCGCCAGCCGUCGCGCCCGCGCUUCCUCCCACACAGCCGCAGCAGCAUCCGCAACCACACCCCCAUCAGGCGCAACGGCCUCCGCCCAACCCAGACCUCACGAGGCGGCCUAUAAAAGAAAGACUUAUACAAUUAUUAGCACUGAAACCUUUCAAGAAGCCUGAACUGUACGCGAGACUCAGCAGUGAGGGCUUCAAAGACAAGGAGCGUAUUAUGGUGAACAAAAUUCUGCCAGAGAUUGGCACGCUCAAGGACAAUUGUUACCACUUACGUAGGCACAUAUGGAAUGAUGUUAAUGAAGAAUGGCCGUUCUAUACAGAAGAAGAGAAACGUAUGCUCAAGAGGCGGAAACCUCAAAACUUAACACCACCCCUAAGUAGCGACUCCGCCAACUCAUUAUCGCCGCGCGCGUCCCCCAGCGCCAACAAGCGCAACGGCGCGGCCGCUGACGAUGCGCCGGCGACGAAGAAGCAGCGCAUCUCGCACUACAGGCGGCCCUCGCCGCCCUCCUCCGGCUACGCGACCACCUCCUCCGGCGAGAGGCACGCGUCCGACAACGAAGACGACCGGACAGCGGUGAAAAAGGACAAUGGUUAUACUCUCAACUUCACUACGGUCAAGGAUCUCUGCUCCAGUCCUGUGAAGGCGAACGGUUUUAGUAGAAGUAGUCCCCCUGUAGAGCAAACUAGUAUUACAGUAAAAGACAUCACAAAUACAGAACAUUUAGAAAAUACAGCUUUAACGUCUGUGCCUGAUGAAAACCCGACUGACUUGGUAGAUAUUGAAAGGCAAUACCCCCCAAUAACGAGUUCGAGCACGCGGCGGGCGUACAAGAACGAGUUCGCGACGCUAUACACGGAGUACCAGUCGCUAUACGCGCGCGUGGCGCAGGUGGCGGCGCUCUUCACGCGGCUCGAGCAGCAGCUCAAGCGCGCCGAGCCCAAGUCGCCGCAACAUCGGAAAAUAGAACUUCACAUAGUGGAGGAGUACCAACGCAUGCGUAACGACGCGGAGUACCAGCGCGAGAGGCGGCGAGUCAACUACCUGCACCGCAAGCUCAACCAUAUUAAGCGGAUGGUGCACCAAUACGACCAACUGCGCAACCUGAAACCGGAGCGCGUGGCGGCGGCCAGCACGACGCAGGCGUACUGACACGCGAGCUCGCCGCCCGCCCGCUGCCUCUAGUACACUAACACGCCCGAGCCGAGCCGAGCAGCACACAUGUUGGACUAUUCCCCUAGCUAGCACCGAGUGUCUCCCUGUGGCAGAGCCGACCGCGUCGAAUGUUCAGUGCGAGCCAAAUUGCAGUAUUGUAAAUGUGUGUAUUUUAAAAAAAACGACGGUAGUUUUAAGCUUCCGUUAUCGAGAUUCCUAUUGAUGCUGCCUUAAUUCGGACUGAACUCGGAACACAGUUGAAAGUAUAACGAUUGACUUUUGAAGUAGUAUAUUAUGCGGAUCAGUCGUCGGUGAACGGUUCUGUAUAUGAAGAGGAUGUAUUUACAGUUUGUACACACAUGGGCUUUCUGCUAAUUUGGUGAAUGUUAUAUAUAUUGUUGUUCGGUCGGAAGUCUUUAGUUAAAAAAGGAUAUUGUUAUAUUGCAGCAAAAUACAUUUAGUUUUAUGGUUCUUCCAUUAUUUUUAUACGUAACGGUUAAUUUGAUGUGACCGAUCGAGACACCAAGCGGAGGAAUCUUCGCGUUGUACCGGAUAUGAGGGCCCAUAUUGAAUUUUUAAGAAAACAUUUAUAAACCUAGCUAAUUAUAUUAUUACGUAUUUUCGGACAUUAAACUGUAUUUAAUGUAUAUCAAACUUUAUUUUUUUACCGG